AUGCUGGAAAAUGCGAAUUCAAGUCAAUCAUUGGGCAUUGACAAUUGGAAUGGAUCGCAAUUUGUCUUCGAAUGGCAAAUGAAGUGUUCGAAUCUUGAAUCACUUUCAUAUGAUGAAAUCAUGCGUCAAGCACUUGAAGAAAUUCGACUAGAAGAUAAAGCAAUAGGUCAUGCAGAGGAAGCUCAAUGGAUCGCUGACCACAGGAUACUUGCUACCAGUGAAUCUUUUGAAAGUAUUUGUCGAGUAUGUAUACGUCUCAACACAAUGGACAGUUUUGUCUAUCGUCUUGUGAAUGCUACUUUACGUGAUAAUGAUUUAUCUAAGGUGGAUACUCGAGAAUUUCAAAAUCUUCACUUCACAGGUCAUGUCUAUCGUAGUGUUGAACAGACGCCUGUAAUGGUGAUCGAGUAUAAGUGA